AUGACAAAUUCUAUGUUUAGUUACAUUAUUAAGGAGAAACCAAAAAAAAAUUUAAUUGUCCUAAGUAGUGAUGAAGAAGAUGAAGACAUCCUGUCCUUUAAUGUUGAUCACGAGAAUCAUCAAAAUUUACGACCUACCAAGUUGAGGAAACUAGAAGGUAGUAAAGAUGCCCCUAUUGCUUUAGAUGAUUCUGAUGAUGAUGAAGAAGUUAUCAAUAAUAACGUUGAUUUAACCGUGGAUGAUGAAAAGGAAAAUCAAGAUCAAACUUCUAAUCAACAGCUACAGAUAAAACAUGAGAUGAUGAACGAUCUUCCUGCUCUUUAUCCUACAUCCUCACAAUCUUUUAUUACUGAUUCCAAAUCUAUUGAAUUAAAACAAGAACAAUACGCAACAAGCAGUCAAACAGUAUUACCAAUUAAGGACGAAGUUAUUAGAGAGAAUUUACAUGAAUCUCUUGCUUCUAAUAAUAUAGAAGAACUACCAUUUAUACCCUCUUCUCUUUCAGAACCUGUACCUGUUACAUCACCAUCCCCACAAUUGCGAAAUAUACCUCUGUCUAAUACUGAAGCUAAUUCUAUUCCUGCUCCAACCGCAAUCGCUGAAAAUGAGCUGAUUACCGAUACUAUGAAUUUAGAAAUUACUACAGAACCAAUGGAACUAGAUGAAGAACAACAAAUGAUAAUAGAUACCUUUAUACCACCAAAUACAGAAAAAAUAGAACUCUUACGUAUGAUGGAAGUAUAUCUUCAGUCUGUAACUGAACCAUCAGUACCUAUACCCACAUCUAAUGCCCUUUUAGAAACACCACGUACUCGUCGUACACGUUCUAGAGAUAAACUUCCUAAUAACAGCCGCCAGCUUAAGGAUUGCCAAUCACCCUCACUAUCUAAUAUCCACCAAGUAUCUGAUACACCAUAUGUUCCAACAUGUGUUUGGUAUAAUUCAAAUUGGGAAGAUUGGGCUCAAUUAGAUGUGGCUGACAUCUUGCAUUAUCCUUUUCAACCUUAUGAAGUUGAAAUUAUAAAGAAUUGUGUCAGUAAACAGGUAACAAAGAGAGCAAAGAUUGGUAGGGAUAUGGUUGAUUUCUGGCAGUAUGUGUCUACUUUAUUACCAGGUAGAACACCAACAGAAUGUAGAUACUUUUGGGCAGAUUAUCUAGAAGGCAAUCAUCAAAUGUUUAAUAAGGCAAUCAUAGUGAGACGUCAUAAAGCUCGACCUAGAUAUAGAUCUCGAUGUGAAGUAAAAGCUAAAUGCUCCAUUGUUGGACGCAUGAACACUACAGCAAUGAAAGACAUUCUUUUAGCUAAUAUGAAAAGAGAGCAAAAGAUCAAUCAAGGUAGUGGGGAUGCUAUUUCUUUAGCUAUCUUUAAAGACCCAGCAAAAGGUAUUCGAUUGGCGAUAGGAUCAGUAUGUGAUGAAAAUGUACAAUAUAAUCUACCUGGUAACUUACGAUUAUGGACCUCGAAAACGAAUGACUGCAAAUUGCUAAAAGGUCAUCGAACUGGGAAUACAACAGAAAAUAGUACAGACUCACCAGCUAUUUGGAGGACAGUUACUGAUGUCAAAAUGUCAAAGGAUCAAACCUUAAUUUAUUCAGCAUCCCAUGAUGGUAUUGCAAACAUUUGGAGAGCAAGAGAUGGUAAACUUGUAUCGACAUUAAAGUACCACUGUAAACCCAUUAAUCAAAUUGCAGUUAAUUACGCUUGUAAUGAGAAUGUAUUGGCAACCUGUUCAGAUGAUGGAUCAGCUACAGUAUGGAGAAUGGAUAGAUCUGGAAAGAAAGGAUCUGGUGUUGCCUGCGAAUUGGAUCUUGAUUUUUAUUCGGAUCCCCAUGUUGAUUGUGCUGAAUUUGGACAUCAUGCAUCAUCCGAGUCAUUAUUCCUAGGCAUCAACAACAAAGAUUUAGAACGUCCUGGCUGUGUGGAAGCGUAUAAUAUUGUUUCAGGUAGAUCAUGUACACGGUUUGAUUCUAUGAAAGGUUGUGUUUCUAGUUUAGCUGUAUCAAACACAGGGAGAUAUAUUGUUUCUGGAAAUUAUAAUCGAUUUGAUGAUAUGUCAGGGGAUAAACAUAUUCACUUGCAUGAUUUUAGAAUUCCUAAAAAUGUACGCACAUUUCGUUCGGGUCAUGCUGAUGUCAAUGUCGUUGCCAUCAGUCCAUGUGAACGAUUUGUUGCUUCCGGUAAUGCAGAUAAAGAACAAAGUGAAGUGGUUAUAUUUGAUGUUCGAUAUCAUCAAAGAAAAUUGCAUAUACUCAGUCAUAAACAAUCACCUGAGAUUCGAUCCUUGAUUGCACCCGAUUCCAGUAUAGGUAUUGGUGGUUUAUAUUGGAUGUCAAAUAGUCGUACAAUUAUUACAGGUGGAGGUGAUGCAACAGUUAAAGUCUGGAGUAUUGAAGGAGCAACACAAUUACUAAAAACGUAUCCAACAUCAAAUUGUGUUACUAGUUUAGCUGUAAAUGAGGAAACUAUGACAGUUGCUGCAGGCGUUGCUGGCGCUGAAGGCAUUGUACAUGUCUGGCAUCCAUAAAUUCUAAGAUAUGUAUAUACAUGUACUAUAUAAUCAUACCCCCCACACCUACUACCCUCAUCUUUAUGUGUGCUGUAUAAUCAGUACAUUGAG